AAAACAUCAUUAAAAUAGGUAUCAACAAAAAAUAAAAUGAGGAAAACAGCAAAAACCUCGUAAAUUCUGUGUCAAUACGAUACGCAAGAAAAUAGAAAAUGAAGUGUGAAACUGAUAAGAAAAUCUUUUUGGAACCGUUUCAAUAAUAACAAAAAAAAAAUCGUAAGGAAGAAAAACAAAUAAUAUUAACAGGCGGAAGCCAAUAAAACGAAGAAAAAAAAAUUGUGUCGAAAUUUGAACACUCUAGUGAAGUGAAAGAAAAACUAAAUAAUGAGUAUCAAGCUCACCGGUUAAUUGUUAGAAAUUAUUUAUUAGAAAAGUGAAAAUAAAAGAAAAUGUCGGAUCUGAAUUCCGUGAGUGUUACAACGCCUGCAACCUUAAGUGGUGUCACGUUACCGAGCGAGGUGUUGGAGCAUCUUUAUCAAAGUUAUUCUCUCAAACAGAAGAGAGCUGGGUUAAAUUGCUUCUUAGCGGCAUCCAUCCUCUUUGAUCUGUGGGCCAUCCUGAUACCGCAAGGACAGAGUUGGGAGAGUAUCGCCGUUUUAUGCAUAUUCCUUGCACUAAAUCUCCUACUGGGCGGCUUUCUACGAUUAUGUGGCAACAGUAAAUUUCAUACAAUUAAAAUAGCAACAUGGGAAAUUGCGCCGCAUGCAGCCUGGCUAAUUGCCAUCAAACAACUGUUUUUGGAAUUAUUUUUCCGUGGAUCGGUUACGCCGAGGGCAUCUCUUGGCUGGGCUGUGCUGCUGAAUUUUUUAGUCUACAUAACACUACCGGUAUUUUUAAAGUAUAUUGGACUGUUGUUUGGCUUAGGAUCAUUUACAAUUUACAUAAGUGCAAUAAUCGGACUUGCCAAGAAGGAAAAUUAUUUUUGGGAGCAGCAACUUGCGAAUGUUAUAUUAGUCUUGACAGCUGCAACAAUCGGCCUACUAUGUUACUUUUUAGGUGAAGCGAAACAACGACGCGCAUUUUUGGAAGCCAAGCAAAGUUUGGAGGUGAAAAUGUUGAUUGAGGAGCAAUCGCAAGAACAGGAACGUCUCCUUUUAUCAGUGCUGCCAGAACAUGUCGCUGUGAAGAUGCGCGAAGAUCUGGGAUUGAAUUCAUCGGAGCAGCUAUUCAAAAAAAUCUACAUGAGCAGACACGAGAACGUCAGCAUUUUGUACGCGGAUAUCGUGGGAUUCACGGCAAUUUCUUCCACGUACUCGGCGCAGGAGCUGGUUAAAAUACUGAACGAAUUGUUUGCUCGAUUUGAUCGAUUAGCUGAGAAAUACCAACAACUCCGGAUCAAGAUCUUGGGUGAUUGUUACUACUGCAUCUCGGGUGCGCCCAUUGAACGUCCCGAUCACGCUGUUCUCUGUGUCCACAUGGGCUUGAGCAUGGUGAGUGCCAUCCGGUAUGUGCAACAAAAAUGCAACUCACCGGUCGAUAUGCGUGUCGGCAUUCAUACUGGAGCGAUUUUGGCAGGCAUUUUGGGACAACGACAAUGGCAAUUCGACAUUUACUCGAAGGACGUGGAGCUGGCGAACAAAAUGGAGUCGAGCGGCAUGGCGGGACGCGUUCAUAUUUCCGAGAAAACCCUCAGUUUUCUCAACGGAGAGUUCGAGGUUGAACGAGCUUUUGGCGAGAAGCGCGAAGAAACAUUGAGAAUCGCUGGCUUGAAGACUUAUUUUAUUACAAAGGUACUUGUGCCGUUUGCGGGCGAUAAGCAGAACGGCGAUACAAAUGGCAAGGCAGCUCACGGCACGGACAUCAAAAGUGACCUGGAAACGGAUGAUCCCACGGAGGCGCUCAAGGACGAGCUGGAUUCCAAAUGCACGAGUCCGGGAGCGCGUGACGGCACCAUCGACAUCGAAUUGACGAGCGACGAGGCAUCGGAAAACUUCAAACAACGACUACGCAAGGAGUUGGUGGCGCGCGACGGACACGAAGAACUCUCGAAAAACAUCACAUUCUUUCUCACGUUUAACGACAAAAACAUCGAGGCGGCCUACAGCAAGCAUCGCGAGCCCUUGUCGUCCGUUCCCUUGGUGGCUUCGUUGCUCGUGCAACUCAUUAGUGUCAUCUACACGUUUUUGGUGCUUCCACGGACGUUGCUUCAUUUUGCCAUCGUUGGACUUCCAUUGAUAGUCGUGGCAAUUAUUGUGGUCGUUUCGAUAGCAGAAUGUUUUCCAAAUCAUUUCCCACCUCCAUUGCCGCAAUUAAGCCGGAAGUUCAAUGAUUUUGUGUGGUUGCGCAAAAUUACUGCGAUAAUUGUCGUGCUGUUGCUGGGCAUUUCGAAUGCAUUUGACAUGUUUGCAUCGUCGCUACAAACCCCGAUCAACUUGAACAUCGCCAACUCCUCAUUAUUGUCAUCGGAAAUGCAACCGUCUUCAAUCUGCCUGUUUCCGUCGUACUACAGCAACUUUGCCGUGCUUAUUUUAAUUUCGACAGCAAUCAUUACACAGCUCUCGCAUUUGAGCAAAAUGGUCAUAAUGACAUUAAUUACCGGUGUUCAUUGCUACAUCAACAUCUUCCCACUCGAGGAAUCGUUCAGAUUUGAAGAUCCCGAAUCUCUUAAUGUUGAAUCACCAUUACGAAUCAAAUUAUCUGCACUUUUAAUAGCUGUGACAAUUGCAUUAUGUAUUUUUACACGACACAUCGAUCGCACAGAUCGCGUAAUUUUCAUGUGGAAAACCGAGGUUAGUGACCAGAAGGAAAAGGCUUCCGAUAUGCGUCGUCGCAACGAAGCUCUCGUCUAUAACGUGCUUCCAGUGCAUGUCGCCGAACAUUUUAUGCGUAACAAGAAGCGAUCUUACGACGAAUUGUAUUCGCAAAGUUAUGCAGAGGUUGGAGUACUGUUCGCAAGCAUGCCAAAUUUUUCGGAUUUCUAUUCGGAGGAGUCCGUCAACAACCAGGGACUCGAGUGUUUGCGUUUCUUGAAUGAAGUCAUUUCGGAUUUUGAUGCGUUGCUCGAAUUGCCGAAAUUCCAAGAUGUCAUCAAGAUAAAGACAAUUGGCUCGACGUACAUGGCAGCAAGUGGUCUCAAUCCAACGAGAGAGUUCAAGCAGGAAGAUCACAUUACCGUCCGAUGGGCUCAUUUGGAGGUUUUAGUGGAUUUUGCGUUGGAGUUGAAACGCGCUUUGCAAGGCAUUAACGAGCAAUCGUUUAAUCAUUUCGUCUUGAAGAUGGGUAUCAAUCAUGGCCCGAUCACAGCGGGCGUUAUCGGUGCAAGAAAACCCCAUUAUGAUAUUUGGGGUAAUACGGUAAAUGUUGCAUCUCGCAUGGAAAGUACUGGUCAAGCAGGUGCCAUACAAGUCACACAGGAAACAUGUUCAAUCCUCGAGAAAUUCGGAUACACAUUUAUACAACGAGGUCUUGUCAUGGUCAAAGGCAAGGGAGAGCUUUUAACUUUUUAUCUACAGGGUAAAGGUCCCAAACCACCUACUCCCCAAAAAGGCGUUAGUCCCGUAGUGUCGCCAACAGUCGCUGCUAUCGAAGCCACGAAUACUCAUGCCAGCGAUUCGCCAUUCCACGUUGAGACGACAACCGCAUCCUCCAGUACCGCCAGCCCCAACAGUGUACGUCUCAAUCAGGACUACCAUGACACUCAGUUAACAUCUAACGAAAAUACAAUCCAACAAUUAGCGAGUAAUAGUGAGACAAAACUCUUAGCCAGUAAUCUAUUAGGUGAAAAUAUAAAUAAUAACGACGACAAAGAUUUAAAUAAUAGCACGAAUUCCAAUAAUAUCAAUUCCAAUCAUGUUGUUAGUGAGACAGACGCACUGUUACAAGAUGCAAACUAG